GGCUUUUGAAUUUGUUCAAAAACAAAAUCGAACAAUAAGCUGUAACAUCAACGAUUGUCUUAUAGCCGCGGCCAGUAGUUUUUUUAAGUGGCGACUUUGUUAUUUUGGUCUAAAAAGUCAUGAGCAGCAUUGACGAUUUGAGCCUGAUAUCAGGCAUAUCUAACAUAUCUCGAAUAUCCAGAGCUACUGGCGCAUCUCUCUAUAAAUUUGACUCCACUUGUAAUCUUUCUGAAUGGCGAAGUAUGUGUCGCGAUGUUAACAAAAGUUUUACCACAGAGAGUCAAAAAUUAGAUGCGAGAAGGCCCUCCGAAUCAACAAAAAUCAACAAAGCUCUCAACUCUUGUGAGGAAAGUACAUGUGAUUAUGCCAAAUUGAAGCUUAUUUAUCAGUGCCUUGAAGAAGUUGUGUCUACUAAUAGUAUUACUGUUGAUAAAAAUACAAUGAAGAAGUUAAAAGAACUGAUCACAAUCCACGAGGUGAAAAAGUACUUACACUUACCAAAUACUUCAAAAGACCUAAAAGAAGAAUUGACUUUGUUGGGGAUUAUUGAUCUGCCGCAGUAUGAAUUCAGCUAUGAAGAACAAUUGUCUAUAAAAAGUUGCUUGGAGGCAAAAAUACGUGAAAAAAUACACAGUUUUGUUAAAAUGUAUGAAAAUCUUGCAGGGUCUACUAAAGAAGUAUUGAAAAACAAUGACUCAAUACUUCGUUCUAGAUUGCAGCAAAAAGAAGAAUUAGAUAAUAUACAUUGGAAAGACAAGAUUGAUGAAGUAUGCAUGGAACACAAAAGAGAUUUGCUUCAUUGUCGGAAAAUGUUAAAUCAGUGGAAUGAACUCAGAUGCAAAAUUAAUGAAAAAAUUACUAAAGAUUCAGAAAACUUAUUACUCCAGGCGGAAAUAGCAGAGAUGAAAGUUAUCAUAUCAAAACUGACUUGCACUAUACGUAUGUACAAAGAAACCCCAGAGACUGUUGAAGCCUUUAGAAUACUCAAUGCAAGCCUAGAUGAACAAAUUGCUAGGGUUAAUGAAGAGAUUGCAGAAAAAAUUGAACUGAAGAAAGCAUACGACGUCUUGAAUAAUACAGAGUACGAUGAGAUUUUGAGGAAGUAUUUAGAUAUGUGCCAUAUAGUAAAAAAGAAAAGGAACUUGUUGGAAAAAUUAUAAUAGAUUUUAUGUAACAGCUAAUUUGUUGCUUUGUCAAAGCGACGUAUUGUUAAUUAUAUAUAAGACGAAUAGUAGAAUCAAUUAAUUAUUUUUAUACAAAUGUUAGUAUUAAAUAAGAAAUUUUUUUACAAAGUCAAUCACGGAAAAUUGUAAACAAUAUGCGUAUUUUCUCGUGUUUUGAAUUCGUGAUGAAGUUACAAUAAGCGACCGCAUACUUUGUAAAAAAUGUAUAUAAUUUAUUAAUGUCAGCGCAUGCGUCAAUUUUUACACAAUCGCAAAUAAAUUAUGAAGAAGUAUAUAAAUAAAAACGUA